CUUUUCACACUGGUGACUUGUGCUCUGCAGUCGAGUGACACUAUGGUAACAUUGCUUUCUGAUACUCAUGUUGACACAGACCGUCCAGCGUCCAAGUCUUCCGGAGUAUCCUUCACCCCUCUGUUACUACCGCUCUACCCUCACGCGUUUUGUUGCGUUUCUGGGAUCUCAUUGCCCAGACCGAUACUCGAAGCAAAUUUUAAUCAUCUCGAUGCUUUCAAAAUUUAAAAUGAAAGCUUCUGUUGAUAUCGUAUUCGUAAAGAGCAUGAUCUAUGUUCAUAUUUUGUUGCGCGGGGGUAUUAGUGGUGGAUCUAGAAGCAGGGCAACAAAUGACGUCGCGGUCCCUGUCGAUCCCGCAACAGCUUUCUUUUCGUCGACACAGGACUACUGUCUACCACCACCUUCACGUACUAUCAUAAAAGGACUAUUAGAAUACACGAGAAUUUCCGACAAUCAGCUACUUUAAAAUCGACAAGUCGUUUCUCUAUCCGGUUACCUGCGCGAAAGUCUCCGCUCACCUUCUACCGCUCCACUCUUCACUUUGUGUGACCUGAGCACCAACUUCAAACAACGCCUACACGAUUGUACCUAAAUCACGAUGGCAACCUCUUCCUCAACCCCCGCAACGGCAGAUCAGCCCACUAAAAACCCCGUCUCAGUCCUCUUCGUCUGCCUAGGCAACAUCUGCCGCUCCACGAUGGCGGAAGGCGUCUUCCAAUCACUCACAUCCCCCUCUCAUCCCCUCAUAGCGAAUAUCGACUCCUGCGGCACAGGAGCCUACCACGUUGGCGACUCUCCCGACUCCCGCACCCUCUCCACGCUUCGCGCAAACGGCAUAACCAACUACAAACACGCAGCGCGCAAGUUCUCGCCUUCAAAGGACUUUGCGGCGUUUGAUUACAUCUUUGCGAUGGAUCUUUCAAACUUGCAUGAUCUGGAGCGGUUAAGGGCCAAGGAGGUGAGGCGAAAUGGUGUGGAGGAAGGUGUGGGGAAGGUUAUGUUGUUCGGGGCGUUUGGGGGACAUGUUGGAGGUAGGGAAGUCGUGCAGGAUCCAUAUUAUGGUGGGGAUGAGGGGUUUGAUACGGCGUAUGAGCAGUGUGUGAGGUGUGGGAAGGGAUUCUUGGAGUUUUUAGAGAAAUAA